UCGGAGCGAAGUCUUUGGCUGACUAGGGAGCGCCGCUUAACAAAAACAGUUCGGCCGAGCGCCGCUGUCGACUCCAUACUCCACUCUCCACAUCGCUAGUUUGGGAGAGUCUCUACGAGGCUUCGUCAAUGAGUCUGCUAUUCAUACGCUGCGUCCGACUCGGUCGUAGCUCUAUGAACCCUUGGUUGCGGUGCGAGCGUCGCUUGGCGCUGGUCCCUUGGCGCUGAGUGAAGUAUAGCAGCUUGCGAACGCCAUACAGAGAUAAAUCGGAACAGGGUUAAGUUCAGAAUAGAUUACUUCUGAUAUAAGUUGUGCCUGUGUAGUACGGUAUAGUAGAGUCCACCGCUCGGUCCAUGUGGCUGUGUCCUGUUGUGGCGGCGUUGCUCGAGGAAAAGCAGGUGAGGAAGAAAUUUACGGAAAAAAGGGGCAACAACGACACAAACGGUUGUGAGGGUGUUCUCCGCUUCCAUUAAGGAGAACUCGAUUCUCGGGGUGCGUGAGCGCAUCGCCGCCCCAGACACCGCAUAAUCUUGCCGCAAAUCCCGGAUCCCUCGAUGCACAAUUUUUACACCUGUGUCUCAGCUGGACAGCGUUGAACACUUCCCCCGUACCUCCUGCAACUGGGCUGCUAUUAAAUUCGGCAGUGAACGCCGACUUACAGUUUAUUUGUUGUCGUCGUCGUCGUCGUCAUCCUUUUGUUGAUGCUGCUGUUGCGUCGGCUAGUGACGUCUUAAGCGACGACGGCGAUCAGAUUGAUGUGUCGUUUGCCGCCGAAGCUCGCUUACUGAAGAGGACGAAUGCGUCGGUCCCGAACACGCCGUGAUCAAGAACGAAAUCUCAAACAGGAUAUGAACAAGUAAUUCAGCCAAAGAGUGCCCAAAGACGAAGUCUGGAGUUUUGCGUGAAGUGAAACACGCAAGUAAAUUAUUUCUUUCUCCUUGCAGAAAUGAACUGCUCCUUGGACUUCGCUAACUGAACCAAACGUCACUAGAAACAAAAGUUUAAUUAAAAAAAAAAAACGAAACAGUUAUGAAACAGAUAGGAUACGACAGCGUUGCUGUAGUAAAAGUAACCAACAGAAAAAAAAAAGACAAAGAACCAGUUAGAUCGAAAUCAGUGACGGUCACUUUGCUUAAUGCCCUGCAACGGUUGAAACUAGCAAAUAACUUUGGAACGACAACGGGUAGAAACUACUAGAAGCUAGUCAGAGGGCAAUCCAGACUGGACGCGUCGCAAUGCUAACACAUCGUUGCGGCCGGGCGCGCUUAUAGCGAAGCUUUUUAUCGGCGCCACAGUUAAGCAGGAGGAAAAAACAAAUGUUUCAAUAUAACGUGACUAUAGAAUUUAUUUAUCGUUACACAUUGUCUGUUCCGUCACGAGUGCGCGACUGUCCUUAGCCGCCCCUACCGCUGCUGUGACCAAGGUCGCUGGCGUAGUCCACAACGUGGGGGUGGAUUUUGGCCGCCUAACAGCUUGUUACUAAUGCUGCUGUCGUUUCAAUAAGAGAAAGUCGAGCUGCUCAUAAUAACAUUAAGCGUAUGCACAUAUAUAUAUAUGGAUAUAUGUGUGUGUGUGUUUGUGUUGCAAAUGUGUGCUAGUGGCAACGGUAUAACGAUGUUGGCCAAAUUGUCAUCGGAGCGAUCAAUGUGUGACAACUAUAAUCGGAUAAACUGUACGCGGUGACGGAAUACGGGGUCCAUCGCAGCUCCGGUUGACCUUGUGUGAUCUAAGUGGUUUCUAGUGGUGAGCAUCCGACAGGCUCGCCAUGCCUGUACGGUGGUUCAAUAGCAGCCGCAAAAUGUCUCUUCCUCGACUCGUGUACAAACUGGCUUUGCUAACGUUGACCAUUUCAGCAUCUGAAUCGUCCGUAGUAAUUCCCUUCGGCCAUAGACCUACCCCGGCCUCAGCGGAUCCGACUGACACCGAUGACCUACUGGAUUUCUAUAUUACCGGGCCUGAACGUUACACAGCGCUUUCGGCCGACAUGGAUAUCUACUUUAGCGUUCCGCCAACUAACUCCGAGGCUUUACUCGCCAGAGUUGUCGAUCGCAGCGGCAAAGCUUCAUCAACAGCAAUUCCUCCCUUCACACCCUCGGGACGUGUAAUCAUCCCCUGUGGGAUGGUUCAUCGGGCUGGGAAUUAUACUUUUGAACUUAUACUACGUUCGAACGAAACGGUAAUGGCACGAUCUCGUCGAGACACUGUGGUCGAAUGGCCUUCGGUGAAGAUUCAUGUGCCAUACCUAAUCGAGACUCACUCAUCGGACGCAUCGGUGUACUUCGAGUUGCCAGAAAUGAAAUGUCCUCCUUUUCACAAAGAGGACUACUCGUUCCGAGUUGAUCUGGAGUACGUCGGAGAUGGUGCAAACAGCUCCUGGCAACAGGUCAUCAAUCUCGAAUCGCAAAAGGCGUCAUCUUGGAGAGAUCUCACUGAACAUGAAAUUACGUUUUCCUGUCGUAAUUUCGACCGCCCAGGCUAUUACCAGGUAUCGUUGCACUGUGACGACUGCGAGACUCUGUUGUCGGAAGUUGCCCGAAGCCUCUCUAUUCAAGCAAAAUGGAGUGGGCAAUAUUCGAUAAGUGUAGCGCAAAAAUUUAUCGGACAAUGUCUUGAUGGUAUCAAUGUGGCGUAUCACUACCCACCUUGUUCGGGAAGUCAGGAUCGUCUUCGAAUAUACGGAUUAAGCGAAGCUACCGGAACAGAGACGUAUAUUAUGGAGAAACGGCUGUACAAGGAACGCCACGCAAUCAAUCUCGGCUGUCACCACUUUGAUGGGCCCUUUAGCAAGUUUUGCUUUCACUACGUGAGCACUGCGCACAAUGGGGCCGUUCACUCGGUAGAGGUUCAUUGCCGCCCCGUCAAAGAUGAUUCAUCUCAGUACGGAGAAUGGGACGAGUGGACGCCGUGGACAUUUUGUAGUGGCGGAUGCGGCAGAGGUAGCCAGAUGCGACACAGGAGCUGUUCAAAAAAGAAAUGCCGGGGCGAACGUAUCGAGUCGCGUGAGUGCGACCUUCCCGACAAAUGUCCCUCUUCGUCGACCACGCUGCCACCUGACGUCGACCUUGGACAGGUGGCCAGGUACUGCGCAUGCGGCUGUGUUCUGGGCGUGUUUAAAAAUACAACGGUGUACUUCAAGGCUGACGAAUGCGCUCGUAAUGGUAGCCAUGCUUUGUGGAUUCUUCGGCCGGUAUUCCAUAAUGCGUCAUCUAUCAUUGUUCGGCUGAGCUCGGCGCGUCUUGGCGAGCCGGACAGUAAUUACCUGGUCGUACGGGACGGGGUUAACGCUGGCGGCGAUAUGCUCGUUACGUUGACAGGUGGCGACGAGAGUUCUCGACUUCCGCUGGAGCUACGUUCACCAUCAGGCCCUCUACGAAUCGAGUUUGUCUAUGGAACAGCUGCGCCUGGCAAAGAUGUCGACGUCCUGAUGAGCUUCUACGAGGAGCUGAUCCCACGCGGCGUUACGGCUCUGGCACAGAUCGGACUGUUGCACAGGAUUCGCCAAUUGCCACAACUACAUCUGGUGGCGUUGAUCGUUGUCGGCUCCCUAUUGAUCGUCUCAGGAACGCUCUGCCUUGUUCAUCGGGUGGCUUUGGCCAAGGUCAUCACGAAACAACGAAGACCAUCGGUUUUCUCUAUACCUCCGGGCAACGUUGAGGGACAGAGCCCUACUGAUCUUUUACUAUCCGGAGACUCAUUAGAGACGGUGCUCUCACCUAGUCCACCACCGACGCCGACUCCGACUGCGGCCUCGGUCGAGAUUCACCGGGUGCCUUCGCGAGCCACCGUGACACCGGUAGCCUCACAACCACAAAACGGCCUUCAGCCGCCCUCAUCAACGGGGGAAUCGCCACUAAAGAAGAAGGCUUCAGUCCUCGCGUCGUUAGAAAGCCUUGCCGACUUGACUGGCCUAGCUCGAAGAAAGCUACGAAAACGUAAUACGAAACUUCAGCGACAUUCUGUGAUGUGCACUAGCUCGGAGUUUGGUUCCACGAGCGGUACAGAUGGAUUCGAAUUUGAUGCGUACGACUACGGUUGCGAGGAUAUUCCGAAUUCGUUUUUCAACUCUACGGCGGUCGUACUACCUCCCUUCCUAUCCGAAAGGGAUCUGUGCAUGUUCAAGCUCCCCCCAUCAACCGUGGAGCACAUCGAGGUGCAGGACCUCACCGACUCGGCAGAAACAUUAGCGCCACUUGAAAAUAAAGCACCCGUAACAGUUCUACAAUAAUAGUACGAGUGCAACUGCAUGCUGAACAUUCAAACGAGCCAGUUGGCAUCACGCUCACAGCAGCAACUGAGGAGUGACGGCAAAAUGCCUCAAAGUUAAGUUGCGAGAAAUGUCAAAAUGCUGAAAAGGUUUCCUAUUGAGGGUCAAUUUUCUCAAGCCCAUCGAAUAUUCAUGAUAUCUGCUUGCCACACCCUAGAAAUGGGCUUAGAUCGAAUAGCAGCCAUUGGUGCGAAUAAAACCCAGAGCUCCAUGGUUUGGUAACAUUUGUGAAUUUUCCAAAUAGUAAGGUGUAGAAGAGAUAUAACAAGUGUAAAUGUAUCAGAAUUACAUAGUUAGUUAUCACUGCUAUACAAUGAUGAACAAUUCGGCGUUAUAUUUAUAGGGUCAGUUUUGCCCGAGAAGAACCCUCCGAUGAUAACGGUUAGCACGAUCCUUUAGUUAGGUUCCGCGAAUGUUGUGACGCUGAAUCCAAGGAAGCUUAUGCGUGGCCACGUCGCGCCAAACCGGUGCAGUUUAUCACGUGCAAAGGAAACGGCACACACGGGCAUGGGUGGGGGUGCCAUGGUACCCCACAGACUACCAUGAUAAGUCUUACAUAUGCCAUUAUAUUUCGACUAUUCCACUUCUACUACCAGUAGGGAUGACGCUUCAGCUAGCUCUAAAUCGAGAGCUAGCGGUAGGAACCGCUGUUCUUAUCAUUAUACAGAGCCCACUUGAAUGCGAACAAAGAAAAGUCGAAAAUAUUGACAAGUUGCUUUGUUUCUUUUAACUGAUUGCUCAAGUCGAAUCUUAAGUUCCUGAUAUACAUUAGCAAAGAAUAGCAUGCCUAGUAGCAUCAUAUACCUUCCAAGCACACACCUAUAACAGUUAACUAAAAUAUUCGAUAAAGUGACGGACUUUCUUUUUUGGAAGACUUUUGGAGAUUUUUCUCGCGUUGACUACUGGCCCAGUAGGUUAUGUUUUAUCUAUUGCGGGACUAUUCGAGAUUCCCUCGCUAGGCUCAAAGGCGAUAAUCCUUUAAAUGUUUCCUAGUCCUGUAGUAAAGGGGUUUAGUUUUACAUGAAUCAGGACUUAACGUCGCUCCUUGAUACAAUGGCAGCCCUAGUUCUAGUCGUGACCGAUGUCUGUUAUUCUUGAAUUGUAUCAUAUAGUAAUAUAUAGCUACUACAGUGUGAUACGACAAAAAGAAGUUCCUUUCCAACCAGGCUUGGCUCCUAGUAAAGCAACGUACAGGGGACCCUCGUGAAAUCACAUCAAAUACAUAAGCUACAUAUAAUUGUCGAACAAACAUGGAAUCGGUCAUUCGAUUGUUGGCUCCCAUUAUAUCUACAGAGUAUAUGUAAAUUUACAGACUGCGGACUGACAAUGGCAGAAAACAGCAGUAUUCCUCUACAGUCAAAAGAAGCGAAUAGUGACUGAUGACGAUAAAAUAAAUUUCUAUUAAAAAUGUUAGGAAAGCUCUGCUCCGACAAAUACUAAAGCAUGUAAACAAACGUUGGUAGAUACGCGAACGACAACCCCCAAAGGCGCAAUGAACCAAACGACAAAUGCUUUGUUGAACGCUAACCAACAAUAACUAUCCUACUAUUUGCCGAAACGUAAAAUAUCCCCAAUUUGUAUAUACAUGUAAUCUAAAUGUAAAUAAUAACAAUCAAGGAUAGUAUAACAUUAAGAAGCAAAAUAAA